ACUUUCCAGCCAAUGAAACCAGUCGAACGACCCUCCCCUUUCCUUCCCAGAUGCUCCCAUCAGAUGUGUGUGUAUGUGAUUAUGGCAAAACCUCGAGGGCUAUCUGCCUAAGAGGAGGGAUGCCUUCGUGGAGGACUUUCUAAGGGAAACUGGCUCGUAUACACGUUACACAUGGGGAAAACCACAAAACGCCCAAGCAGCCAGCCCGUUCGCAAGAUUCGAACCUCGGACCGAACUACCAGUGUUCAGCGACUUUACCGCUCGGCCGCUGGUGGGCCCCCCAUCAGAUGUGAAGAAAGAGAAAGCGCUGCUUUCGGAAGCUUCAAACUAUAUGGCGAUCUUCGACGAUUUUUACCAUGUUUGAGCUAACCGUCCGACGUCGUAUUCAGCAUUUCUUAUAAUCCUAUAACCAGAUAAAAAUAUUAAAAUAAAUUUUAUCUGAAUGAAGUUUUCUUAUUAGUGAAACAGUUAAAUUAUGCAAGUACAUAAACGAAUGCACUUUGAAACUUUGCUUUAAUCUGUUUACAAACGCUAGUCAAAGUUUUGUUUACGUUACUUUUCGCCCUUCAGCGCAUGCUCAAGAAUUACCAUCCAGGAGAAACUAGUCGAUUUCUCCAUGACGUCAAAAUUCGAAAAGUUGGGUAGGUUUUGGAAAUACGCUUACCGUACACAUUUCGCGUUUGCUAUGCAAACUCUUUCAUUCACACCUAUGGUUAAUUUUCUACCUUGCGGAAGGAAAGACUUACUGCAAAACAGGAAGUCUUUGCCAAGUUGCCAACUGCAAAUAAUCUCUUAGAAGAAGAAUGAAAGCUUCCAUAGACGUAACAAAGAAAGUCUAUCUCAACUGUGAGAAACGCAAGUAACGAAAUUUGUAUUUUUGGGUACGUUGCUUAGAGUCAGACUCGGUUAGGAGUAUCAAAUCAUUUGGAAGAAGCAGUAUUUUGAAAGAGCAAACCAUGCAGAACCCUUCAGGAGAAAAACCUCAUGUGUGUGAUGUAUGUAAGAAAAUAUUUACUCGAAAGUAUAUUUUAAACAUGCAUAUGCUUAUUCACACAGGAGAGACACCGUAUGCAUGUGAAAUAUGUAAGAAGCCAUUUAGGCAUAAACGUUCUUUAAAUAGGCAUAAGCUUAUGCAUACAGAAGAGAAACUCUAUGUGUGUGAAAUAUGUACGAAGUCAUUUAUUAGUAAGAGUAAUUUGAAUGACCAUAUGCUUAUUCACACAGGAGAGAAGCCAUUUGUGUGUGAAGUAUGUACGAAGUCAUUUAGACAUAAAAGUAGUUUGGACGUGCAUAUGCGUGUUCACUUAGGAGAGAAGCCAUAUGUAUGUGUAGUAUGUAUGACACCGUUUAGAGAUAAAAGUGGUUUAAAAACGCAUAUGCGUGUUCACUCGGGUGAGAAGCCGUAUGUGUGUGAAAUUUGUAUGAAGGCAUUUAGACAUAAGUGGGGUUUAAACUUGCAUAUGCAUAUUCACUCUGGAGAGAAACCUUAUGUGUGUGAAGUAUGUAAUAAAACAUUUGGUCAAAAGAAUAAAUUGAAAAGGCAUAUGCUUAUUCACAUGGAGCAGAAACUUCAUGUGUGUGAAAUAUGUGAGAAGUCAUUUAGACGAAGGGAUAAAUUAACUGAGCAUGUGCAUAUUCAUACAGAUGAUAAACCUUAUGUGUGUAAAAUAUGUAGAAAUUCAUUUAAACGUAAGAGUAAUUUAAAUCAGCAUAUGAGUAGUCACAUGCUAGAGAAACCUUAUGUGUGUAAAAUAUGUAAGAAGUCAAUUAGUCGAAUUUCGAGUUUGAAGGUGCAUAUGCGUAUUCACACAGGAGAGAAACCUUAUGCAUGUGAACUAUGUUCCAAGUCAUUUAGAUUAAAGGCUGCAUUAAAUCAGCAUAUCCUUAUUCAUACAGGAGAAAGUUUAGUUAAAACUGUAGUUUGAAGCACAUAUGCAUAUUCGCACGGGAGAGAAAGCGUAUAUAUAUGAUAUAUGUAUGAUGUUUAGAUAAAAGUAUGGUUUAAAUGCACAUGUGCAUAAUGGCACAGUAUAGAACCCUUACGCUUGUGAAGUAUGUAAGAAGUCAUCGAUUCAAAAACAGGCUGAACUAACAUUUGCUUUUUUGCAUUUCUGUCAAUUAUGCAUGUGUAAUGUGUCUACGAGCCAGUUUCCCUUUGAAAGUCCUCCACGAAGGCAUCCCUCCCCUUAGGCAGAUAGCCUUAGUGGGCUUUGCCAGAAUUAAACAAACAAAACCUGUCAAUUAUGCAACAAGUCAUUAAGCAGAUAGGGUAAUUAAAGAAGCAUAUUCCUACUGACACAGGAAAGAAAUAUUUUGUGAGACAUUCAUCUGAAGGUGAUGGUUAACCUACUCUAACCGUAUUUCUAAAGAAUUGUUUGUGUUGGCAGAAAUUCUGAGAAGCACACCUGGAAUUAAUGGCUCUAUUAAUGUAAUCUGAAUGGCUGCUUUUCAGUGAAAAUUUGACCAAGCUGAUGUAAACAUGAGAAAUGAAAAUCUUUGAACAUGUGAGAUGAAAAGUUUGACCUGCCAAAGAUUUGCAAGUUAUCAAGAGGUAUUUUGUUGAUAUUGCAGGCGGAGAAAUAUGGCACAAGAUUCAAUAUAAGAGUCUAAAUAUUACAAAAAUGGGACUAAAGAGUCUAAAUAUUACAAAAAAUGAUGAAUCUGUCUUUAUCUUAUACAUUAUAUUUAAUAAAAGAUGUUAUAUAUGAA